UUCACCCGUGUCUUUGAUUAUCUGGUCCCUAAGAAGCCCUGGCCUUCCGCCCUAAGAAUAUUACAGUGGCGACGAGUUAAAAAUAAAAACGAUACGUGUGCUAAUAAUACGGAAAAAAAAACGAUGUCGAUCGGGAAAUUAGGCGAAUUUGACGUGAAAAGUGGACUAUGGUCGUCGUACAAAGACAGGUUGGAUAUGUACUUCAAAGUCAACAAUGUGGAGGCGGGAAUGCAGCUGCCGACCCUAAUCGCAACAAUGGGAGAUGAAGCGUACGAGUUACUUGUGAAUUUGGCUAGUCCUAAAAAACCAUCGGAGCUCAAAUACGACGAAGCGAGUCAGUUGAUGACUCAGCAUUUGCAACCGACGCCAUCUUCACUCGCAGAAAGGUAUCGCUUCAGACAAAGACGUCAGUGCGCGGGAGAGGACGUGGCCGUUUACGUCGCAGAGUUAAAAAGGUUAUCACGCAAUUGCAAGUUUGGGACUAAUUUGAACGAAAACUUAAGGGAUCAAUUUGUGUGUGGCCUCAGGAGUGACGUAAUCCGACAACGUUUGUUCGCGGAGGACGAUUCAAUAUCAUUUGCGCGGGCAGUACAGUUAGCGAACUCACUAGAAGCGGCGGAAAGGGACGCCGCGAUCGUCGACACGCCUACAGCCGGGGAGUCAACGCAGGCGGUGCAUGCAGCGUCAUCGUUCACGGGCCGCGGUGGCGGCGGCCGGGAGUGGCGGCCGCGCGAGCCCGGCAGCGGGCAGGCGGGGCGCAUGGCAGCGCUAGUCAACAAGUCGCGCGCUCCGCGCCGCUCACAACCUUCGGCGCAAAGGGUGAAUUGUGCAGCCUGCCGAGCUACGAACCAUGGUUACUCUCAGUGUCGUUAUCGAGAGUUCGUAUGCAGCAAAUGUCAGCGCACGGGCCAUUUACGGCGGGUUUGCCCGGAACGUCAAGGAACCCCGGCGGGAACAUCGUCGACGGCCCGGGGCCGGGCGUCGCGAGGAGACGUCAAUUUCGGUGUCGCCGGUCGCGAGUCGAGCGAGGAGGACGGCGGAGAAGACAUCGAGGCGAAUUUAAAUUUGCUGUCGUUAAAUAACUACAGAGCAGUAUAAGGAGCUAUUCAGCGGCGGACUGGGUCGGUACAUGGGCGGGAAGGCGACACUACGCGUGCGCAAGGACGCGGCGCCGGUGUUCCACCGCGCGCGGCCGGUACCGUACGCGCUGCGCGAGCGCAUCGACGCGGAGCUGGAUGGCAUGCUGGCGGCCGGCGUCAUCGAGCCCGUCGACUGCUCCGAUUGGGCGUCGCCGCUGGUGCCGGUCAUGAAGGCGGACGGUACGUUGCGGAUCUGUGCGGAUUAUAAGGCAACUCUCAACCCGGUCUUGCUGGUCGAUCGUUACCCACUCCCUAGGAUAGAGGACGUGCUUGUAGGCUUGAAUGGUACGAAAGUUUUUAGUAAAAUUGAUCUGUCCCAAGCUUACAAUCAGGUGGAAUUAGAUGACUCCAAAUCCUU